UCCUCGGUCCCCCCUCUACACUGCAGUCUUGUGUUGGAGCUCCUGUGAAGUGACUUUAUAUUGGCUUCUGUCCCAGUUUCAUUGUCUGACAAUAAACGUCUAUGGUCUGUCUCCCGGCAGGUUUGUCUCCUCAUCAUGUCCGACUCUGUCAGAACUGAAGACGAUGUGAGGGUCGCAUUUCAGUCCUGUAAAAGUCCUGAUGCAAAAGAUCAAGUUCAGUUCUACGACAGCUGGGCAGAAAACUAUGAAAAGGAUGUCACCCUGCUGAGCUACAGAGCACCAUACCUGGCAGUAGACUUCCUGUCUGAUAACUUCUCCGGGAGUCCAGAAGAAGCUCGGGUUCUGGACGUCGCCUGUGGGUCGGGAUGGGUCGCUAAACUGAUGGUUGAACUGGGCUUCAUGCACUUUGUGGGAGUAGACAGCAGUAAAGGCAUGCUGGAACAAGCUGCUAAGACCAGCCUCUAUCAGGACCUCAAACUGGCCUUACUGGGUAUGUUUGAUGUGGUGAUCAUCGUCGGUGGUCUGGAUGUUGGUUUUGCACCGGUCAGUGUUGUCAGGGAGCUCUGCGCCGCCGCCAAACCAGGAGGUUUUGUCUGCAUCGCGAGAGGGGACCACAGAGGAACACCAGCUAAUGAAUACAAGAAGGAUCUGGAGAGAGAGCUGCAGCUGAUGGAGGAGGAUGGACUGUGGAGUCCAGUAGGACUCAAACAGACUGACAGAUACAUGGAAGACCCACAUCUGAGCCCUGAGAUACUCAAGAGCCUGCAGAAGGAGGAGCGAUACCUCAGCGGGAGUUUUUAUCUGUACAGGAAAUCCAUCCAUUAAAAUCUAUUAAUAAUCAUACGUUCGUUACAGAAGUGAUUCAACAUUCAACAGAAAAUAAAGGAAAAUUGACUCACAUCAAAUGUGGAUUAUUCAUGAUGUAAUACAAUCCAGUGUAAUUUACGUCAAUUUAAACAUUUCUCAACAAAUAUUAAGCUUUUUUUUCAAUUUUUA